AUGUCAUCAUACUCGGAUCCAAUUCUACGACUCGUACUAGAUCCCGAUCUUAACCGAACAAAAGCCAAAUCAGAUGCAUUGGUCCAAUUGAUCCAAGGGUUCCCUCUAACGGAACGUAAGGUACUGAAGCUUUGUUCCGGUUCCCUAUCAAUACUUCAAGCCUUGGAGAAACUAAACUUGCAAUUGAAGUCAUGGGAGUUUCUUUCGCUUGACAUCAACUCAGAUACCCAUUUCAAUGAUAAUGAUGAUCGCGGGAGGAGUAUCAAAUCAUUUAAUGUUAGUUUGGCUCAGAAAGUCUUGGAAAGAUGCGUGGAGAUGAAUACCAAAUUGGCAACCAUAACUCGUGAUUUGGAUCAUGUUAGUGCUCAAUCUAAGACCUUGACCCCCUUGGAAUACAUCAGUGACAGUGGGACCACGUUGACCAGUUUGGUGCUACGAAGUAUCAAGUUGAAGAACUCGGUGAGUGAUAAGACGUCAAUUGCAUACUCCAAAGCGAGCUUGAUUUGUAUUGGUAGUGAAUUGGAAGCCAUGCUUUCCUCGGAUCAAUACAAUAUGGAUCUCAAUGACCAAAGCACCGUGGCAGCGUACAAGGUGUUUAUUGGCAACCUAAUGCGUCAAUUGAACACAGCCAUAGAGAACGAAGACAACACCGCCAAGUUGGAGUGUCUUGCAGUGAUGAACGACAUGGAGAAGAUGUUUGAUGCGUUUAAGUUGGAGAAAAUGAGACAGGCAGCGGUGACGAGUUAUCAACUGCAGAUGGAAAUGUACCAUCUGAUCACAGCACAAGAAGAGGACGACGAAGAAGAAGAUUAUGAUAACGAAGACGAUGAAGUUGAUGAAGUUGAAGGCUUUGUCAAUAUUCAUCAUCACAGACCACCAUCAUCACCAAUAAAUAAACAGGAGCCCCGAACACCAACACCAGUUAUGGCUUCGGAUACAGAAGAAUUUGGUGAUUAUGAUUCCGAUGGGUACCCUUCAUCGAUGUUUUCGUCCUUCACGUCCCAGCAACCAUUGGUCCAUUCUAUUACCACCAGCAAUAGAGGAGGAGGGGGAGCCGUUCUGCCAGUUAAACGAGAACGACGGGACUCGUCAUCUUCGCUCACCACCUCCAUGCUUCUACAUAAAACAACAUUAGCUGAAGAAAUGCCCAACUUGAUGACGGCAUUCGAUUCAGUACGAAAUGUCAAUGUUGAUGUUGCCCAUUACAAGGAAGAAGAGAGUAAAGAGUUGGCCCGGAAAGGGAUUAGGAAAAAAGCCUUACCAAAACAGAGUUCACCCAAUCACAGUCCACCAAACCAUACCCCAGAUCAACCACCACCUCCGCGUCAAUUUCCUAAUAUAAAGAACCAUCUACCAGAUAUACCGCUUUAUCAACAAAGCCAAAUCUUGAAGCAAUCGAAUAUUUCGAACUCUGCUUCUUCAUAUGUUUAUGCUAACAAUUCACUCUUAUCACGACUUGGGAUUCGACCCCAAGUGAUCACCACCACUACUGGAUCACAACUAAAACUACAGCCACAAGAAAUACAGCAACGGCAUAUCAUUAAUGGUGAUAGCUCAACCUCAGGUAAAGUUUUAAGUUCAAGUAAACGGCUAAGUCCAGAAGAAAAGGAGAAUGAAUCUCAUCAUCAACAGCCUAAACAUAUGUUAUUGACAGCAGAGAAUUUAGAAUGUCAUAACUUAGCAGCAAACCCCAUACUAAAUGAUUUUGUUGAUUAA